CCCCGCGCGGCCCACGCGGCAAAUCGAGCCGAGCCAGGCAGGAAGAGCCCACUUCAGUGGCGCGGCGAUCUGCAGGCAUGGCCGGUCCGCAGCUCCGAGGCCGGCGCCUCCUCGCCCGCCGGCCGCCUCUGCCGCUGCCGCUGCCGCCGCCGCUGCUGCUGCUGCUGCCGCUGCUGACGCCUGUCCCCGCCGCCGGGAACCACUGCCCGUGCCGGGAGCCCGCGCUCUGCCUCCCGAUCCGCCAGCGCCCCGACUUCGAGGUCUUUGUAUUUCAUGUUGGACAGAAAACUUGGAAAUCUUAUGAUUGGACACAGAUUACAACUGUGGCAGUUUUUGGAAGAUACAACUCAGAACUUAUGUGCCAUGCUCAUUCAAAAGGAGCCAGGGUAGUACUAAAAGGAGAUGUAUCUUUAAAGAAGAUAACUGAUCCAACUUUCAGAGCAUCCUGGAUAGCUGAAAAACUGAAAUUGGCCAAAGCGCAGCAUAUGGAUGGAAUUAAUAUAGACAUAGAGCAAGAAGUUACAUGUUCAUCUCCAGAAUAUGAUGCAUUAACUGCUUUAGUCAAAGAAACCACGGAUGCAUUCCAUCAUGAAAUUGAGGGAUCACAGGUAACCUUUGAUGUUGCUUGGUCUCCAAAGAAUAUAGACGGAAGGUGCUAUAAUUAUACUGGAAUUGCAGAUGCUUGUGACUUUCUCUUUGUGAUGUCUUACGAUGAACAAAGUCAGGUCUGGUCAGAAUGUAUUGCAGCAGCCAAUGCUCCCUUCAAUCAGACAUUAACUGGAUAUAGAGACUACAUAAAGAUGGGCAUUAACCCUAAGAAACUUGUAAUGGGUGUUCCCUGGUAUGGUUAUGAUUACACCUGCCUGAAUCUAUCUGAGAGUCAUGUUUGCACCAUUGCAAAAGUCCCUUUCCGGGGGGCGCCCUGCAGUGAUGCUGCAGGACACCAGGUGCCCUAUAAAGUGAUUAUGAAGGAAAUACAUAGUUCUAUUUCUGGAAGCCAAUGGGAUGAAGAUCAGCAAGCUCCUUAUUAUAACUAUAAAGAUCCUUCUGGCCAGUUACAUCAAGUGUGGUAUGAUAACCCUCGGAGCAUUUCCUUGAAGGCAGAACAUAUACCACAGUAUGGCUUACGCGGUAUUGGCAUGUGGAAUGCAGACUGUCUUGACUACUCUGGAGGUGCUGUAGCCAAACAACAAACUGAAGAAAUGUGGAAAGCCCUAAAGCCGAAACCAGCACAGAGAUGAACAUCUUGUGUCAAACUACUAACGAUUUAGAAAAACGAUCUAUAUAAAUAGUUUCUUGAAGAGAUAAAAAAUGUAUUCCUUUUUGUUAUGUUUCUAUAUACUUUUCUUAUUAAUAUACUGAGAAAAAAAACCCAGAUAAAGAAUAAAGAAAUGAUUUGAUUUGAAAAAUACAAAUUUCUGGGGCCGGCAAUGUGUCAUAGUGGGUAAAGCCUGUGACACUGGCAUCCCAUAUGGGCGUCAGUUCGAGUUGUGGCUGCUCCACUUUUGAUCCACAGCUUUCUGCUAAUACACCUGCAAGAGCAGCAGAGGAUGGAUGAAGUCCCUGGGCCCCUGCACCCAUGUGGGAGACAUGAAAGAAGCUCCUGGCUCUGUUGUGGCUAUCUGUGGCAUGAACCAGCAAAUGAGAGAUCUCUGUCUCUCCCUUUCUCUGUAAUUCUGACUUUUAAAUAAAUAAAUAAAUCUUAAAAAAAA